AUGGUAAUAAAAAAAAACAAAAAUUAUGCAAAUAAACCACAAAAAAGAAAUAAAUUUAAAAAUAUCAUUGCAGAAGAUUAUAGUUCUGAAGUAAGCUUGACAGAUAUUGGAGAACCUGAUUAUAAUGAUGUUUUUGAGGUUGAAAAAAUUGUAAUGGCAAGAUAUAAAUUUAAUAGAAAGAAGAAGAAAAAUGGUAAAGAAGAGAGUUUAGAUAAUUUUGAAUUUUUUAUAAAAUGGAAAAAUUAUGAUAGUGAUGAAAAUACAUGGGAACCUUUUGAGAACUUAAGUUCAACAUUAAAAAGUCAAGCAAGAGAAGCUGCAUUAAGGUUGAAAACAGAAAUGGAUAAUAUGGAAAAAAAAAGAAAAGGAAUUAAUAUUAAUGAUAAUCAAUCAGGUGAAAAUGUGACAACUAAUGAAAUGGAAAAUAAUUUUUUAGCUAUUGAAGAUUCUAAAAAUAUAAGUAACAAAGUUGAAUUAGAAAAUGUAAAUAAAAAUAAUUGUGUUACAAGUUUAGAUAAUUAUUUAAUAAAAAAUAAUAAUUUAUUAAGUGAUAUAAAUAUUAAUUCAUGUUCUAAAGAUCACCAUGAAAAAAGAGAUGAUCCUAUAAGUAGUAAAGAUUAUGAAAAUGUUAAAAAUAUAUUAUGUAUUUCUGAUAGAAAAAGUAAUGAUAGAUUUAAUAAUCAAAAUAAUGAACAUAUCGGAAAUUCAAAAAUUAAUAUAUUAGAUAACAUUGAUAACAACUAUUAUGUAGACAAAAAUAAUAUAUACAACACAACUAUGAACAGUAAUGAAAAUGUAUUUGAUAAUUUAUCUAAUAAUCCAAAUGAACAUAUAAAUCAGAAUAAUAUAAAUGUAAAAAAUAAUGUUCAUGUUUUGGAUAAUUUUAAUAGUAUUCAUAAUGAGGAGAAAAACCAAAUUCAUCAUACAAAUAUAUGUAAUGAACCUAACAUUUUAUGUAAAAAUAAGGAAAUUAAUUAUACUAAUUUUUCAAAAGGCAUUUCAAAAGGUGAUAAAUUUAUAUGUAACAAAAAUAGAGAUAAGAGAAAGUUUGAAUUAUUUAAUGUUGGUAAUAGCGAUGAACAAAAUAAGGAUAUAGAAUUGGGAUGUGAUAAAAGCUUGAAAAAAGUUAAUUUAAACAAUGAUGGAUUAUUUAAAGAAGAUUUUUUAUCAAAAAAACAAUACGAUUCAUCAAAUUUUUCAGAAUUAUUAUUUAUUAGUGAUGAAAUAUAUGAACAAUAUGAAACAAAAAAUGAUUUGAAUUUAUCUAAAAAACCUUCAGAAGAUGAAAAUUCUAAUAAUCAAUUAACAAAUAAUGAUGAUAAUAGUGUAUCCAAUGUUACAAAUGAGCUAUUAUGUUUAAAAGAUGAUUAUCCUAAGAAUACUGGAAGAGAUAAAGAUGUAAUCAAAGAGUCAAAAAAUGAAAAUAUUAAUGUAAAAAUAAAUAAUAAAUUUAUAAUUACUCAUAUCAAAAAUAAAAAUUUUGAAAAAGAAAAGAUAAAUAUUGAUAAUAAUUAUAGUAAUAAAAUGAAUGAAAAUGGGAAUAAUGAAAAAAUAGAAUGUGAUGAUAAAUUGAAGUUGGAAGAGAAAAAUAAGAUAAUAGAAAAAACAUGUAUAAACAAUAAUGCUAAUUUUAUAAGUAAAAAUUUAAAAAAAAAAGUAUCAGAUAAAAAAAAAUUACAGAAAAAAAUUCAUACAGGUAAUAUUUUUAAGGAGAAAUUAAAUACAUUAAAAAAAAAUAUGAAAAAAAUCUCAAAAAAUUCAUACAUGUUUAAAUUAAAUAUGCAUGAUUUAGAAAAUAAUUAUGAGGACAAAUUGUUAGAUUUUGAAGAAGUAAAUAAAACAAAUGAAAUAAUAGACAAAAAUAAAUUUUCUGGUGAUAACACAAAUAUAUGUAUAAAUGACCAUGCGAAAUUUGCAGAAAAAAUUCAAGAAAAAGAUAAGUCAUAUUUAUGUAAAAAAAUGCAAAAUGGAAAUAAAUUGUAUGAAAAAAACGAUUCAUAUUUAAGUAAAGGUGGCUUUGAGGUUAAUACAUUACGUGAAAUUGAUAAAAACGAGGAAAAUUGUGAAAUUAUUAAUGAAGAUAAUUGUAAUAGUUUAAAAGAGAAAAUAACUGAAGAAAUAUUUAAUAAAAAAAAAAUGAAUAUUUCUAAUGAAAAUGUAUAUGAAGAAAAAAAUAUUAUUGAUUUUAUUGAAGUAGAUAAAAAUUCAAUGGAGCAUAAUAAGAACAGAAAUGUGAUUCGUAAACUAAUAAAUAAUAGUGAAAAUCAUAUAAUAGGUGAAGAAUCAAAUAUCGAAAAUACGGAAAAUGAAAAUAGAAAAUACAAAAGCAAAGGUUUCGAAGUUAUACAAAAAAUAAUAGAGACAAAUUCAAGUGAAAAAAAAAAAAAAAUUGAAAAAGAAGCAUAUAGCAAAAUAAAUGAACAUAAAAUUAUUAAAAAGAGUGAGUAUGCAAUCAAUAAAAAAUUUGUACAUCCACACUCUCAAGAACAAAAUAAAAAUGUAAUAGAAAGAGCAGAUUACUUCAAAGAAAUUAAUGAUCUUGAAAAAAAAAUGAUAUAUCCAAAUGACAAAAAUAUUACAUCAAUAGUUAAUGACAUAAGUUAUUAUAUAAAUGAUAAAAAUGAAUCAAAGUUUAAAUCAAAUAGAAAUAAUAAUGAAGAAAUAGAAAAAUAUGUUUUAAGUGUUUGUAAUCAAAGUAGUAAAAAAAAUAAUUCAAAUAUUUCUAAAAAAAUAGAUAAAAAUGAUACUUCUAAUACAGAUAAAUAUAUUAAAAAAAUAAAAAAUAAAGAUUCAGAGUAUACAACAAAAAAAUACAAUGAAAAAAAAAAAAUACAAGUUGAUGGAAGUUUCAUAAAUAAAAAUAAUGAAAAUAAUCAAUUAAAAAGGAUCCAAGAAAAUAAUAAAAAUAUACUUAUUCAUAAUGAAGCAAUUAAAAAUAAUGAAAAUAUUAGCUAUCUAUUAGAAAAAUUUGAUAAAGUAAGUUUUACAAAACAAAUGCAUCAUAGUAAAAUUGAGAGAAGAAAAAAAGAUAAUGUAAAAAAAGGUAAUAAUAGAAGCAAUAAUAAUGAUAAUACGCUUAACAUUAAUUACGAAAAUAGUAUAAAUAAUAGUACUAGUAUGAAUAAUGAAAUGGUGAUAAAUUUAAAAGAUAUAUUAAAUAUAGAGAAUGAUAAAUAUGAUUAUUAUAUUAAUUUCCUUGAAAAUAUUUUGAACACAUUAAAGGAAAAACGCCCCUGUAAAUCAAGUGACUUGAUUUUGUUAGAUGGAUUAAAAUCAAAUUUAAAUAAUAAAGAUAAUUCAGUUCAAAAUUCUUCAAUAUUAUCCAACAUUAAUGUGCAGAAUAUAUCUUAUAAUAAAAAUAUUUACAAUAAUUCAUCUAUAGAUCCUAAGGAAAGUGGAAAAAAUACUAUCGAUAAAUUUGAUAAAAAAAAUAAAUUUUCAAAUGAUUAUGUAAAAAUUAUCAAAUCUUCCAAAAAAAUUUCUCAAGGAAAUUGUAUUCAUGAUAAUAAUGAGACAAAAAAAAUGAAAAUUAAAAAUGUUAUGUACAUUUCUCAUGAUGUUAUUGAGAAUAAUAACGCACCGUGCAUCAUAAAUAACGAAUUAAAUGCUGAAGAUUUAAGCAUUUCAAGUAACAAAAGAUUAAAUGAAAAUAACAAUGAGAAAAAAAAAUCAAAAAGAAUUUCUUCUUUAUGUAAAAAUAAUGAAAAACAAAAAAUUGAGAAUACUGCGAUUCCAAAUAGUAAAAUAUCUGUAAAAAGUAAAAAUUUAUUAAAAAAUGAAAUAAAAGAAUCAAAUAUUUUGCGUUCAUCAAAUAAAAAUAAUUUUAAUAAGGAUAAAAUUAAUGAUUAUCAAUUAGAUACAUUAAAUAUAAAUGAUAUUAAAAUGAAUUAUAUGGAUAGGUAUAAUCAAUAUUAUGCAGCUAUCGAUGGCCUUGUUUUAAAUAAUAUUAGCGCUCUUAUUAAGAAUAUGAAUAUCAUAAAUUUUUAUAAUUCACAAAAUAGAAAUUGCAUUAAUUUUAUAAAUGGAAGUUUUCAAGUGCAUCUUUUAGAAUCAUAUACCAACAUUUUACUGUAUUUUGAUAUAUUUAACGAUUUUAGAAAUUAUAAUUUUAUAUGUAAAAAUUGUGAGUUUAUUAAUAUUCUAUUAGAUAAUUUUUGUGACUCCAAAACUACAAAUAGAAAUUCUGGCGUAGAUAAUUCAUUAAAUGAUAUAUCAAAAAAUAUUAUGCUAUUUGAUGAAAUAUUCAGAUUAAAUAAAAAAAUGAAUAUAUUUUUUAAAAAAAUUUUAUUAUCAAUAAAUAUAAAACCAAAUCAAUUUUUUUUUCCUUCAGUUGAAUAUUUUGAAAAAUUGUAUAUUUAUUUAAAUUAUAAAAAAGAUUCAUCUAAAAUUACAAAUGAAGAUGCAAAUACAAUUAGCCUAGUUAAAAAAAGUAGUAAAGGUGUUAAUUUAAAGGUUAAUAAAUCUUUCAAAGAUAUCAAUAGCAAUACAUCACAUGAAUACAUUGAAAAUAUAAAAGAUUACAACAAUAAUGAUGAUUGUUAUAAUAAAAAUAGUUAUGAUAGAGGUAAGAAUCGUAUCAAUAAUUAUGAACAGGAUGGCUGUCAAACAAAUAACUCAAAUAUUCUAGAGGAAAAUGUGGAAAAUAAGAUGGUAAGUGAAAAUAAUUUAAAAAAUGAUGAUCAUUCUAAUUUAGAAAAAUUCAAACAAAGGAAAAUAAUAACUGUACCAAAGCAUAAUGGAAAUGAAUAUUUAGAAAAAAUGCUUACACAGAAAAAAAACAAUAACGAAGUUCAAGAAAAAAAUAUUCCAUUAAAUGAAAUGAAUAAAAAUGAAGAAAUUUUAAAUAUUUAUAAUAAUAAAAUUAACAAUAUUAUGGAAAAUAAAGUAUGUAAUGAUGAUACAAAUUUUAUACAAAAACAUAAGGGUUGUAAUAUCGUAAAUAAAAACUUAAAAUGUAUUGUAAAAGAAAAAAAUGCAUGCAUUAUAAAAGGUAAACAAGAUGAUAAUAUUGAUAUUAUUAAUCAUAGUGAUAAUCAUUUGUUGAAUGUAAAUAUUGUAAAAAACAUGGAAGAAAAUAAAUGUCAUACAAUAAAAGAAUCUACAAUUUUAAAAAAAUUCGUAGAUGAUAACAUGCGUAUAAAUAAUGGAGGUGGAAAUAUAUCAAAUGUGAGUACAUACAAUAAUAAAGAUAAUUCAAAUAUUGUAUUGAGUAAUGUAUUAUGUAAUGGAAAUAAAGAUUUGGGAGAUAUGUGCAAUUCAAAUGAUGUGAUUGAUAAAAAAUGUAUAAAUGUUAUUAGUUUAUAUAACAAUUCAAAUAUUAUAAAAUAUGUAGAUAUUAAUAAUUUAAAUCGAAUUAAUUUAAGUCAAAUAAAUGUAGAAGAAAAAACAAUUGCAAAUGAUAAUUCAAAUACGAAAAAUGAUACAAUGGCUAUAAAUACUAAUGUUAAUAAUAAAAUAACAAACCAAACGAAUGAUUUAAAUAACUUAAAUAAUGCUAAAGAUGACACAUGCAACAUCAAUAUGAUGAAUGUUUGUCAAACACAAAUUAUUCAUGGGAAUAUUAACAGUAACAAAAACAAAAUAAUUAAUGAAUUUAAUAAAGAAAAAAAAAAUAAAAAAGAAUUCAGUGAAUUUCAGCAAAAUUCUGUAAAUAAGGAUAAUAGAAAAAAUGAAGGAAGAAAAUGCCUAAUUAAUAAUGCAUCAAAUGAUUUCAAAAAUAAUGAGAGAAAUGAAACCAUGGUUUGUAUUAACGAUUUAGAAAAAAAUAAUUGCAAUGAAAAUAUGGAUAUUAUUACUAGUAAUUUUAAAUUCAAUAAAAGAAGUAAUAGUAAUAACAGUACCAAUAGUAAUGAUACAAAUAAUAGUAUAAAAAGUAACCAUGAUAUUAAUGAUUGUAAAGGAAUUAAUAAUCAUAGUAAUACUAAAAAUAUGAUGGAAAAUGACAAUGAAAAACGGAAAAGUAUACCUUUAAAUGAUUGUAAUGAUUUAUUGAUUUCCGAAAAACAUUACAUAUCAGAUGAAGAAAAAAAAAAGAACAAUCUCAAUAAUUUUUAUAGUUCAAAAGAUAAAGCAUAUGAAGAAUUAAAUGAUUCAAAAAUAAAUGAUAUGAGAGCUAUUUAUACCUAUUAUGAUUCAGUAAAAAAUAUUGAUGAUAUAAAAUAUUGUGAAAAAAGAAUUGAAUUAUAUAAAAGUACAAAAUCUAUAAUAACAAAAUACCACGAAUUUUUUGUUAACAAUUGUUUAAAUCUGAGAAAACAUUAUCCAGAUAUGCAAAUGAAUUAUUUUGGUGCACAUAAUAAAUUAAAUUUAUUUAAUUCAUAUGAUUUAAAAGAUUUAGAUAAUUAUUUUAUUAAGAAGAAUGAUAAAAAAUACAUAAGUUGUCAUAUCUGUUCAUAUAAUGAAAAUAUUUGUUACCUUUCAUGGAUAGCAUAUUUUGAAAAAGAAGCAUUAUUUUUUAAAUCUCAAAAAAAAAAAAAAAAUAGGCAUGCAAAUAUUGAGGAAAAUGCAUGCUCAUUAAAUUCUCCUGAUAGAUCGAGGAACAAUGCAUGCAUUAAUAUGUAUUCCGAUUUACGUAAAAAAGAAAAAAAUUAUAGGAAUUCAAAUUCUUUUAUUAAUUCAAGUGUUCAACAAAAUAAUGAACAAAUAGAUAAAGGUGAUACCUGUUUUAUCUUAGACGAUAACGAUAGUUGUAAACAAAAGGAUGAAAACAUUGUUAGUGAUAUUACUAAUAAUCAGAAUGAAGUAAACAAAAAUGAUUUAAGUGGUGAUGAUAACUCUAAAAAGAAUAAUAUUUCUGAGGAGUUGAACUUAACAAAUAUUAAAGAAAAAAAUGAAGACAUCAUAUUAAUACAUAAUAAAAUUAAUUGUUUGAAUAAAACAAAAAAUAAUAUAAUUGAAAAUAAAAAAUUAUUGAGUAAAAAUGUUCAAAAUAUAGAAAAUGGGAAUUUAGAGGAGAAUAUUAUAGAAAAAAAUUUAUUAGAUGCUAACAGAAAUUCAAGUUUUGAAAAUAGAGAUGUUAACAUAAAUGAUUCUUUAAAAAAUAUUCAUAAGAAUAUAAUUAUUGAAGAAAAUAAAAAUUCAAGUGAUAAAAUUAAUAGUAUUGUUAACGAAGAAAAUGAUGUUAGAAAAUCAAGAAAUACAGAAAAUUGCAAUAUUUCAUAUAUUUUUGGGGAUAAUGAAAAUGAAGAAAUUGUUGAUUCUGGUUCUAAAAAAAAUUACAUUUACAAUUCAUAUGAUUUAAAUACUAAAAAAAAUAUAAACAAUAAUAAUAUGAAUGAUAAUGCUGAUCUUAAUAAUAAUGGUAACAAUAUUCAUAGUAGCAUUUCAGGUGUAUCUCUUAUAGAACAGAAAUAUAAUAAUAAUGAUAAUAUAAAUGUUAACAAUUAUAAUCAGAACAAAUUAAGAAACCCAAAUGAUCAUAAUUUUUUAUUUGAAUCAAACGAAAGGGUAAAAAUAUCCAACAGGAGAUUUUGUGAUAUGAAAAAAUUUCUUUGUUCAAAGAAGACUCUAAUAACCAGACUAAAUUUGAUAAAAGAAAAGGGUUACAUCUGUUUAUUUUGUAGAAGCUUGUUAAGUGUUCCUGAUAACUUAAUUAAAAAAAUUCUAAAUAUAAAUAUAUUUAAAAUACCUCAAGAAUUAAAUGAGGAAGUAGAUGAAUAUAUGUUUUUUAAAUUAGAUGAUACAGAUUUCAGAGAAUUAUCAGCAAAUUCAAAAAGACUUGAAUUAAGAGGUAUAAAGCUUGAUAUGCAAAGAUUUUGGAAUCCCUAUAUUAGUUUUCCGAAGCAUUUUUCUAUUGUUAUUAAUUAUAAACAUACUAUCAAAUUACCUUAUUUUGAUAGAGCAAUAAAAAGAGUAGAUCGUGAAAUAGUAAUUCCUUCCAGAUAUUUAAAACAUGGUUGUAACGUUAUUAUGCUUUCAUUAAAAAAUAGAAAGGCAGAAAAAUUUUUAAUCCCAGAAAUGUUUUAUUGUUUCACAUUAUGCAUUAUUAAUAAUAUUGAAGCAAGUACUCUUCACGUUGCUUGCCAUAUUAUUAAGUAUUCUAUUGUUGAAGAAAAACUAUGUAAAUUACAUUUAGCUAAUUUGAUAAAAUCUAAAUUAUGUGAAGAUAAUGAUAUCCAAAUUGUAAAUGGGCAAAAUAACACUAUCAACUUUUUUUGCCCUUAUACAUAUUCGAAAAUAAAAUUACCUUGUAAAAGUAUUUCUUGCAAACAUUUAGACCCUUUUUGUUUUGCUUCAUGGAUUAUUAGUCAAAAUAAAUUAGCACCAAAUAAAAAAUGGAAAUGUCCUAUUUGUGAUGUUAGUUGUUUUCCUCAUGAAGUUAUGAUUGACUCAUUCUAUAAAAAUAUUUGUGAUUCCUUGAAUGAGAACAAUUUGAAUACGGAAGUUUUGUAUGAUUGGAAAAAUGGAGAUGUAUUAAUAAAACCAAUCACGAAAAAUUCGGGUGCUACCAAAAAAAAUAAUAACGAUGUUCUAGAAAUAGAUUAG